AUGCUAAUAAGAUUUAUUUGUAGCUAAAAUACUUGCCCUUAAAGUUAUGAAUAUAACAGAAUAAUGUACGAAAAAGGAAUGUUACCAUUUUAGCUACUUUUAAUUCCAUAAACUAAUAUAUUAAUCGUAUUAUCAAAUGACAAUUAUAACUCGUAGCCUAGUGUUUAUUAUGUUGUUGAUACAGAGACUAAUAAAGUAACAAAUGUUGUAGAAAUGGUCAACCCUGUUUAUUAUAUAAGAUAUGUCCCAGCAAUAAAAUCGAUAAUAGGCAUAAAUGCCUCAACAUUUUAUGUAUUUGAUAUUUAUACAAUGUCAAUCAUCUUAUAGGCCAAAGUAAUUGAUUAAGGUGCUCAAGCAGAUAACUUCAUUGACACAGCUAUUGCAGUAAUUUCUUCAUAUAAAAAUAUAGUUGUUGCGUAUAAUAUCCAAUAACAAAGAGUUGUUAAUACAUACUACUCAAAUAGUACAGUAGUAAAUUUUUCCUGCAUAACCUUCGCAGAAAAUGAGCAUCUUGUCUUCAUGAAUGAUAACUCUACUAUAGUAAUUUGGAAUGUAGAUACUGGAGUUUACUUUAGUUUAUAAUAAGUGUAAACGUAUUAAAACAGUUUAUUUUCGCAUUUAUAGAACACCUAUUAUGUCUUUUUUGUUGUAAAUUCUACUAAGUUACAAUUAUUUGAUUACUCAUAAUAUAAGCUAGGAAAAGCUAAUUUGUUAUACACGAUAGAUACUUAAGAUACUUUAAAGUAAUACAACAAGGUAUUUGAUCCUAAUCAAAUAAUAAUUAGGUAUUGCGCUAUCAGUAUGUAAGAUUAACUGCAAUACAAUUAUUUAGUGGUAAGUCAUUCCACAUAACACAUAAUUGUUUUUAAAAUGCCAAAAUAAUUUGAUUAGAAAACUUUUUAACUACAACCUAUCUACACUUAGUAUAUUUAAUUUUAAACUUGGAUAAUGCCUCAAAAUAGUUUGAACUUAUACCUAAGUGGACAAUAUAUGAUUUACGUAUUAAAUUUCUUUAAUGAGAUGCAGCCUUAGUAUUCCUAAUUGCUUUAUUUUCCUUCUGUACAAUAAAUUCCUAUGUUUCCUCUUUUAAAUUAUAACAAUUAAGAAAUUUAUAUUUCUGUAUUUUAAGAAAAUGUGGGAAUGCCAACUCAAAAUAUAUUCAUAUAAGGUUUUGAUUAAGCAGGGAAAUAAUUACUCUUUACCCCUUACUCCUAUGCUUUUAGUCCUUUAACUUAUAGUGCCUAAAUUGUAUUAAAUUCUAAUUCUGCUGAAAUAUCUUAUAAGAUAAUUUUUGGAGGAAUAUUAAUCUAUGACGUUAACUACUAAUAAUACAUCUAUUAUAGUGUCUUAAAUAAUUUCACAUGGUUUAAGCAGAUUUCAAAUUAUAUAAUAAUAAAAAAUGCUAAUAGCUACACCUUUAUUUAAGUUAAUCAUUUAGAUGAAGGUAAAUCUAUAAUGAUCUUAGAUCUUGUAACUUAAUAAGUUGCCUACAUUUAUCCUCCUGAUCAAACUAUACUUGGACCUGCUUUCCUUUAUAAUAUUCAAGAAUAGAAAAUUUAUGCAUUUAAUAAAUAAGGCAUGCUUCAUAUUUGGGAUUUUAAUGGCAAUCACUUGUCACAACUAUAAAUUUCGAACUCCAAAGUCAUUUAAAUGCUGAAAUUGCAAAAUCUUAUUGCCUUUGUAGAUAAUAACUAAUAGUUAAAUUAGAUUUUAGAUUCAGAAAAAACAGCCAAAUUUGUUUAUUAAUUUUCUAAUCCCCUUUCUACUUUUAAAUAUUUAGAAUAAAUUGAUUUAAUUUUUGCUGGCGAAACUAUUUCAGGAAAAGUUUAUGGAUUCAAAUUAAAUAAAAAUUCUUACUUAGAAUUGUUUAUUUAACUUAAAACACUAAUAAGCUAGUCAAUUUUAGACGUGUUUUAUACUCCUAUCUCUAAAAUGUUGUAUAUCUCAGCAGACUACUCUAAUAGCUUCUUUGAUAUAUCUUAAUGUCUCUAGGAUGUUUAAUAAUGUCUUUCAUGUUCUUAAAAGUUUUAUAUUUCUAAUAGCUAAUAGUAAUAUUUGUAAAAUAAUAGCUAUGGCUAAGGCUUACAAAAUUACCCCUUCACAACAUAUUAAAAUAUGAUCUAAAUAUUCUUAACAGCGUAAAGAUAUUCCAAAAUUAUGACUAACAUUUAAUACAUUUAGACCUAAAUAUUUACUGACAGUUAAUAUCCUUUAAAUUUAGAGUAAUAUAUUCUGUAAUUUAAUUUUUAAAAAGUUAUUUAGCUUUCUUUCUAGCCUAUUGCUACUAAUAACAAUUUUUAACUAUCUUAUAUAAAAUUAUCUGGAGAUUUUUAGUUUAAUAACUUUCAAUCUAUUUAAAUUUAAAAUAUUACCUUUUUGUUUGAUGUCACCAAAUAUUCAAAUUGCUCUUUAGUCUUCAAUUCGAUAGUAAACUAAGUAGUAUUAGAUAAUAUUUAAAUAUUUAGCAGUGACAGUAACAACCUAGAUUACUGUAAUAAAAUUAAUUUGAUAAAUUCUUAGUUAACUUUGUAAAACAUAUUAAUGGAUUCUAAAACUUUUAAAAAUCAAACUUAUAUUACAUCAAUAGGAACUUAAAAAGUGAAAUUCUAUAAUUUUAACUUGACGAAUUGUUAAAUUGGAAUAUUUAGUAUUUUUAACUAAUAAUCUCACACAAUUCUUGAGAUUAAAAAAUUAAAUAUCUUAGGAAAUAAUUACUUGCCUCUACAAAAUUAAAAUUAAAAAUAAACUUAAUCAUUUUUUUCUGCAGGAUAAAUAUCUUUGGAUCAAGCCUUGAUUGAUAGCAACUAUUUUCUAAAUACUAACAUCAUGCAAAUAAUGGUUUAAGUUAACUACCUAAAUCUUUUGUUUUCUUUAAGCAAUAUAGUUUUCUAGAACAACUAAUUUUAAACAGUAUCUCAAAGUGUUUUUUUUUCAUGCUUGUUUUCACUUUUACCCUAACCAGACCAUUAAAUUACUGCUUCAAACAUAUUUAUUUUCAAUAAUAAUAUCAUUCAAAAUAAUAAAUUAGAUAAUAACUAAUAUUUUUUUACUAAUCUAAUUUAAUCUAAUAAUAUUAAUAACAUAAUUUUGUAAAAUGUAAAUCUUACUGAUAAUUAAUACUUAUCAUUCAUUUAGAGUUAGGAUUUAGUUAGCUUUUAACUUGAUACUUUUGAAUGUUCUUAUUCAAAUGGUUAUCUUUAAAAAUAUUUAGGAAAUCCUUCAUCUGGAUGUUUUAGUUUAUAAGAAACAAAAUAAAUUUAAAUAAAAAACCUAAAUGUCUCGUAAAAGUUGGCAUUUGAUUCUAACUUAGUUGAUAUACUCAAUUAAAAGGUAGCUUAAACUUAGAUCUAAUUUUAUAAUAGUUCAUUUAGUAAUGUAUUAUUGUUUCAAUCAUAGCAAUAUAAGUAAGCUAACCCUUUAAUAAUAAGGUCAUCCUACUAAAACGACAUAUUAAUAUACAAUUGUACCUUUUACAAUAACACUUUAUUUGGUAUACCUAAUUCAAUAGCAGUAUCAAGCUCUGCUAUAUAAAUUAUGAAUAUUGUUGGAACUGCUACUCUAAAUUAAACAUAAUUUAAAAACUUGAGUUCGAAUUCUGACAUAAAUGGUUUUUAUGCUUUAUCUUAGAAUACAGUAAUAAUAAAUUCAACUUUUGAUACUACGUUAUAUUAACAAACAAAUCAAAUUUAAAGCUCAAAUCAGUUGAGUUAAUAAAUUAAUUUGAAAGGAGGGUCAGUAAACAUUAAAUCCUAAUCAGUCCAAAUUAUUCAAUCUGUAUUCAAAACUUCAGAAUCUCACUCAGGAGGGUUUAUUUACAUUACUUCUUAUUCUUAAACCUUGAAUGUAAAUAUCAGUUAGUCCUAAUUUAAAGAUUGCUUCACAAAGCUGAAUGGAGGUGCAAUCUUUUUAGAUACUCUUGGAUCCACAACAUAACUAUUUAUAUCAGAUUCAUCAUUUGAAAAUAUCUAUCAGCUGAAUUUUUAGUCCUCUCUGAUUUAUAUAAAUGAAGAUAAUGUUGGUAAAAAUGCAAAAGUAAACAGCUUUAUUUACUUGAAUAAUACAAAUUUUACAAAUAUUUUUGGAGAAGACAUUACAUCAAUAUUUUCGAUAACUCUUUCGUAGCUAAAUGUUAAUAAGUCUUUUUAUUAAGUUAAUUUAACUAAUUCUCAAAGCUCUAUCUUACCAUUAGAUUCACUUAAUUAAAUAUAUCCAUCAACUUACAUUAGCUCGACUAGAAGUGAUGUUUAUAUGGAUAAAGUCACCAUUUAGAAUAUUUAGGAUAAAUACCAAAUAUCAUAAGAUCAUUAAAUAUUUUUUUCUGUUUCAAAGUCAAAUUUCAAACUGUAUAAUUGUGUUAUUAAAGAUAUCUAAAUGAACAUAGGAGGUUUAGCUUUCUUUGAUCAGUGUUCAAUUGAUAUUUAUAAUUUACAGAUUUCUAAUAUUAAAUAUCAAACUAAAAAUGAAAGAUUAUUACAGCCUCUAAAUAGUUACUUAUAUUAAAUUACAUCCUUACAGUUUUCGAAUUCUAUUAUAACAAUGAAUUAAUCAAAUUUAUCUAAUAUUUUUUGCUAGAAUGUCUGUAUUGGAGGUUUUGCCUUGAUACAAUCAUCAUAAUUGAGUAUUUCAAAUUCAAAUUUCACAAACAUUCAGUCAUAUAGCGGAGGAGCAAUCACAAUAUAAAAUCCUAAAUUAAAUGUUUUAAUAAGCAAAUGCAUUUUUUAAGAUAAUUUAUCUAACUUGGAUGGUGGUGCAUUACAAAUAGCCUCAACUUAAAUUAUGGCCAACAACAUUUCUAUUAAUAAGAACAUUUUUCAAAAGAAUACAGCUUAAUAGGGAUAAGGAGGAGCUAUCUACUUUUAUACUCAAAAUUCAACAAGCGAUAAUUCUUUAACUAUAUAAGAUAAUCUAAUUAAUAAUAAUGUAGCUUAUAUCGGAGGUGGUAUUAAAUAUGAAGGAAUUGUUCCUGUGUUGAUUAACAAUACCAUAUAAGAUAAUAAAGCUGUUUUAUAUGGAUAAAAUACUUUUUCGUAUCCUACAAAACUUUAGUUAGAAAAUGCUUAAGAAAUUAUAAAUAGUUAUAAUAAUAUUGAGGUAUAUGAAAAUAAAAUUGUAAUAAAUCAUUAGAGAAGUGGACAAUCUUUACCUAAUAUGACAUUCACUCUUAGGAACGAUUAUGGUGACAUAAUGAAAUUUGUGGAUACUGCAGAUUAUCAACAAUAAAAUUACAUCUCAAUAUAAAUUGAUCCAUAAAGUUCUUUUUUCAGUUAAUAUUACCUAAGAGGCGAUCCUUAAGCAGGCUAUAAUUCUUAAGAAAACUCUUUUUAAUUUAAAAACGUAGAUCUUAUUGGAAAGCCACUUAAAAAAGUAAAAUUAAUGAUAAAGAGCAAUUUAAUAAGAGACUCUAAUACUACCUAAUUAACUAAUAACUAUUUCUUUGAAGUAGAAGCUCAUAUUUAAGAUUGCCAAAUUGGUUAAAUCCCUUAUUAGUAUAAUAACUUUAAAGAAUGUACAAUAUGCGAAAAAGGAACAUAUUCAUUUGACAAAACUUAGUGUUAUAAAUGCCCUAACGGAGCAUAAUGCUUAGGAGGUAGUCAAAUAAUUGUAGAUAAGGGCUAUUGGAGAAGUGGUGAGUAUGAUGAAGACAUAAUUCUUUGUGAGCAUUUGUAAGAAAAUUGUGUUGGAGGAACAUAUGGCAAUAAUAUAUGCUACAGAGGGCAUAUCGGUGGAUUGUGUGAAGAGUGUGAUAUAUAUGGUGAAGUUUGGGGAGAAAGCUAUGCAAAAUCUGGAAAAUAUCAAUGUAGUGAAUGUAGCAAGAUAGCAAAUAAUUAGUAUAUAGUGACUAUUGUUACGCUUUGGACUUUGAUCUCAAUGGUCAUUGCUAUAAAAGAUAACACAGAAGAAUAAGAACAAUUACAUCAAAAAGAAAUUUUUGAAAGAAUUAGAAAGAGAAAUACAAUAUCAAAAAGACCAUAAAAUAAAUAAAUAAACUCAACAAAUCCAUAAGAUUAAACAAGUGUUUACAUAAAAAUUUUUACGAAUUAUUUUUAAAUUAUUUCAUCGAUUGCAACAUUUAAUUUGUAAGUUCCUUCUGGUAUAAUUGAGUUUCCAUAAUCUGUAGGCCAGCCAAUACAAUAAACAAUUAACUCGCUAGAUUGUGCUCUUAAAGAGUUUACUACAUCUAUGCCCAUAAUAUAUCUAAGAUUAGUUUUCUCAAUAAUUAUGCCUAUAGUAUAUUUACUUAUUUUCAUGAUUGGUCUACUCAUUUACUAUAAAGUAAUUAAUAAGCAAAAAAACUUCCCUUAUUAUAUGAUUAAUACAGCUUUGAUAUUUUUAUUGAUUUAUACUUAACCAGAUUUAGUAGCUUAAAUGAUAGCUUUACUUUCAUGCAGAUAAAUUGGGAAUGAAAAAUAUAUUCUUUCUAAUGUAUCUAUGAAAUGCUACACAUAAGAUUUUUAUUCGUGGGGAUUAGGCUUUAUAUUACCCUUACUUUUUGCUUUCAUAUUUUUAUUCCCUUACAUCCUAUUAAGAUAAUUAAAAAAUUCUAAAAAUAACUUAUAAGAGCUAAAAGUUAAAAGAAAAUACAGUAUUUUAUAUAAAGAAUACACUUAAAAGUGCUAUUAUUGGGAGUUUGUAAAAAUGGCAUAAAAACUAUCAAUAAUAUUAUCUCUUAAUUUCUAUUCUUAAGAUAUAAAGACUAAAGGAAUUUUAGUAUUUAUUACCAUUACAUUUUAUUCUAUCUCCUUAAUGGUAUUUAAUCCUUAUAAAAGCCUUUAAAUCAAUAGACUUGACCAUUAUUCUACAAAUGUUUGUGCUAUCUCUGUACUGCUUGGUAUAUUCCUGUAUAGCAAUAGUUAUUACUAUUUUGUUGUAAUUUCAUUUACAGUAAUUAUAGCAAUCAACGCUCUAUUUAUUCUACUUAUGAUAAGGAAUAUCAUUUUAGGCUAUACUUAAAAGUUUGAGAAACCGCUUUAAGAUUUACUACAUAAGCUUAGUUCUAAAAUUAGAUUCAUUUCAAAUUAUUUAUAAAAAAAGAAAGAAAAAGAUGAGUAAAAAUCAGCAAAAAGAAUAUUAAUUAAAUAAAAGGUGUAAAAAAUACUACUAAACUUGAAGUCUAUGAAUAUACAAUAAAAAAGAUAGUUAGCAAUAGAUGCUUACACUCAGAUGAUAGAUAAAAAACUAACCAAAUAAGAACUGCAGUAAUUAAACCUAAAUAAUUAAAAUAGUGAAAAAGAAAUUAGCUUAAAAUUGAAUGAUGAAUAAGCUAAAAAGGAAACUAUGGCCCAAUUUUCAUCGCGAAAUAUAGUAAUAAAAUUUUAAUAAAGUGAAAAAUCUUUGCUCUCUACUUAAAAAGAUAAAUAAAAUGAAGAGGAUUAUUAAUAUGAUAUAGAAGAAAAAACUAUUAAAGAUACAUAAAUUGAAUUAGACUUUAAAAAAUUCUAAAAGUGA